AAUCCCCAUAAACAAAAACAAAAAAAAUCCACCCAACCCACUUCCCUCUGUUCCCACCCACCCCGGUGUCACAUUUUGUAUCUCUCACACAAACCCACCACCGAGGCGUCCGUCACCACCGGCAGCAGACACGACGGCGCCACCACCACCAUGGAUAAGCUUAUCUACAAUCCCACCAACCACCAUCUCCACCUAAAACCACGCCCAUUUCUCCCUCAACUCGUUCCACGAUUCCAACCCACCACCUCCACCAAACUCAUUAAUCUAACUCACUUCAAAACCCUCCGAGUUAACUCAUCCAAACAAAACCCCCCAUCUUCUUUUCAUAAUUCUAAUUAUCCUGUUAUCUUAUCUUCUUCAUCCACAGAUUUAAAUUUUAAUAAUAAUAAUAAUGAUAAUAAUUCUCCGGAAAACAAGGAUUCUGUUACACCUAAAAAUUCCAAUUUUAUCCAUCAAUUUUCUCACCAGCAAAAGGCAGCUGCUGCUGGAACAGUAGUUCUUCUUUCAGCACUCCUUGUUUUUGUGCUCCAGCCAGUUUUCGUCGCACCAGCAUUUGCUUCAUUUCAAACCGCUACCAAAACAGGUUCAGCACCAUUUGUCCGAAGUGAGCUGCUAAGUAGUGCAUGGACGGGUUUCUUCGCUGGUUGCUUGCACACAUUAUCCGGACCUGACCACCUUGCUGCCUUGGCCCCGCUCUCAAUUGGACGGUCUCGAGUAGAAAGUGCUCUCGUUGGAGCACUAUGGGGAUGUGGUCACGAUGCCGGGCAGGUAAUUUUUGGUUUACUUUUUUUACUUUUGAAAGACCGGCUCCAUAUCGAGAUUAUAAGGACAUGGGGCACGCGAGUUGUUGGCUUUACACUCCUUGUAAUUGGAGCCAUGGGAAUUCGUGAAGCCUCUGAAGUCCCAACUCCUUGUGUUGCGCUAGAGAACGGGGAGUGUGAUGUCAGUGUUUAUGAGGCUUCGUUAGCAGACCCUACUGUAGGAAAGAAGAAGAAAAUUGGGUUCGCAACGUUUGCCACAGGUAUAAUCCAUGGGUUACAGCCCGAUGCACUUAUGAUGGUCCUGCCUGCACUUGCACUACCAUCUCGCUUGGCUGGUGCAGCAUUUUUAGGUAUGUUUUUGGUUGGGACGGUUAUUGCAAUGGGGAGCUAUACAGUUUUUAUUGGCUCAUGUAGCCAGGCAUUGAAAGACCGGAUCCCAAGAAUUACUGAGAAGCUCACUUGGAUCUCGUCAAUGGUCGCAAUCGCACUAGGGCUCGGGAUUAUCAUUAGUCAGUUUUUUGGGUUUAGUUUGUAUUGAUUUUAAAUUUUUUUUGAGCUUAGGGGGGGAUUAUAUACCUAUUUUAUCAGCAGCAGAAAGUUAUUGGAGUGUAUUAUUUGAUAUAUUGCAAUAGUACCUCGUGCAUUGAAGUUUUUUACUUUGUUCA